GGAAGUGCUUACAGCUUGAAUUUAGUCUUUUCCUGAAUCUCUCUCCAUCCUCAUCCUGCAACAUCUCACUGCUGCCCGGCCUUAUUACAGCAUACAGCUAAGUGCCUCUGCAGCUGCAGCAGUCAGACUGAUCUCAUCUCUUGAGUGCAGAAGGACUGCAUUUAAAUUCUAAAUGGGCAAGAGUGAGUAAGGACUUUGUUGGGAACUCUUGCCAAAGAGAGAGAGAAGGAGUCCAGAAAAGUGAGCGAUCGGGGGAGAACGCUAGGACUCCUGGAUGAGAGUGUGAGCCACAGUGGUAAGAUGAGUCUAAACAACGGUCAAACUCUGACCGUCAGUGGACAAGAUUUCACCAAAAAUGGAGGCAACAGCAGCCGAGGCUCUUGGGAAGAUGCUAGGACAGUUUUGAGGCCAUCGACUCCCACCAGGAAACCUAAACCACCCAAACCUGAAAAUGCCAUCACCAUCGCUGUGUCAUCUCGAGUCCUCUUCAACAUGGAGAAGGAGCAACAGAUCUAUGAACAGCAAGGCAUGGAGGAGUACAUGAAGUACCAAGUGGAGCAUGAAACAGAGCCGUUCAGCCCCGGACCUGCCUUCUCCUUUGUCAAGGCUCUGGAGGCUGUGAACACUAAACUGAGGGAGCUGUACCCUGAGAGCGAGGAGCUCUUUGAUGUUGUGCUCAUGACCAACAACCAUGCAAACGUAGGCCUAAGACUCAUCAACACCAUCAAUCACCACCAGCUGUUUAUUGAGCGCUUUUGUAUGACUGGAGGAAAUAGUCCCAUAGGAUACUUGAAGGCCUACCACACUAAUCUAUACCUGUCUGCUGAUCCUGCCAAGGUUCGUGAAGCUCUGGAGGAAGGUAUAGCAGCAGCCAUCAUGUUCACUCCAGAGAAGAUGAAGGAAGUGUCGGACACUCAGCUUCGCGUUGCCUUUGAUGGCGAUGCCGUCCUCUUCUCAGAUGAGUCUGAACGCAUUUACAAGGCCCACGGACUGGAUAAGUUCUUUGAGCAUGAGAAGGCGCAUGAAAACAAGCCUCUAGAUCAUGGGCCACUUAAGGGUUUUCUAGAGGUUUUAGGAAAGCUCCAGAAGAAAUUUUACGGCAAAGGCCAGCGGAUGGACUGCCCCAUCCGGACAUACCUCGUGACGGCUCGGAGCGCAGCCAGUUCUGGUACCAGAGCCCUAAAAACGCUGCGAUCCUGGGGUCUGGAAAUCGAUGAAGCUCUCUUCCUUGCUGGGGCACCCAAGGGCCCAAUGUUGGAGAAGAUCAGGCCACAUAUUUUCUUUGACGACCAAAUGUUUCACGUGGAGGGGGCGGCAGAAAUGGGGACAGUGGCAUGCCACGUGCCAUAUGGGAUAGCUCAGAGAGUAGUGAAAAAGGGACCAAAGGACAAAGAGACCCCUAACACACUCAAAUAGCUGAGGUAUCACUGUGCAGCAGCACAGCAGACAGGGCAUUUUACUGUGGCAUUCAGCAUGAUUUUACCACUGGAAGAUGAAGUAAGUAUUUAAAACAAUAACAGUGCUUGGUUAAAAAUGCAGUAAGGUGAUGCAAUAUCAUAGAAUUAAAAAUUGAUAUGUUGAUAUUUAUCCAAACAUUUAUUUUUGGCUAACACAUAAUAAUUAUUUUUAUCCAUAGAUAAAAAAAAUUUGCGAGUUGUAACAAAUGGCUUUAUUAAUUUAUUUCAUGAAUUUACUCUAAUGUGUUAAAUGUUUGGGCUGUUUAGGUUAUAAAGAACUUCUCUGACAGAUUGAAGUGUGUAACAGAGUUUGCCGUUGAAAAGGAUCUAGAUCAGCUGUUAUUAACAAAGAUUUGUUAAUAUUUGCUAAUAUAAUAUUACAUUACAUUUAUUAGCAGAAUAAUGAUUAAACUCUCCACAAAGGGAUUCCUGACGACCUGGUAACCUGAAUUUAUUAUCGGCUUUGAACUGUGCUAUUAAAUCUGAAUAAAUAAUUUAGAUCCCAUUAUAAAGACAUUAGUUCUAAAUCUUUGAUCAACAUUAUGUCAUAUUAUAAACUGGUGCUUAAUGUUUGUAUUAAAUUUAACCUUUAUUGUUGGUGAUUUUUUCUUGGGUACCAAAAAUGUAUUUAUUUAUUCUCUUUAUUGCUAUUUUUUUAAUUAUACACAGAAAAAGCUCUAUUAAAAUAUUUGGAAAUAUUAGAAAUAUAACAGUAUAUAUGAUUAAAAAAAAUCUAUUAGAUUCUAAAAUAAAUUCUAAAUAAUAUUUAUUCAGACACCAGGAUACUAAAGAAAUAUGAAGAAUAUACAUAUUUUUUGUUUUGUGGUUUUGUGCAGUGCAGUCACUUUAAUUCUUGUCUUUAGUUUGAGUUUUACAAACUGGUGCCUUUCGUUGUUGUUUUCUGUUGUUUUCUUCUGUGAGUUUUGCAUGAUGGUGGUACAUAUGUUGUAUAUGUAGGUCAUAUGAUUGUAUUUUAAGAUGUAAUAUUUAAGAAAUAUGUACGUUACUUUAUAUUUAUUUGUUUCUUCUUGUUCAAGAUGACAUAGAUAAGUCUGAAAAUAGUCAGCGUUUACCAUGUGCAGCUUUAAUUUCUACUACUUGCUCCUAAAGUGCCGAAAGUUCAAUGUCUCCUCUUUUAUUUCUCUGCCUGUGAGUCUGUCUCAUUUUGUCUUGUAGGUGUGUUGAUGCUGUUGAACUUUGUUGUUCUGUGAAUGAAUGUGAAGCAAGUUGGUGUUGAAUGAGACUGAUGUUGCUGUCUGAUGUGAAAUCUAAUUAAAAAUGGGACAAAUGAGUAACUAUUUGACUAUUUGAUGGUUUCAAAAUUGAAGU